UGUAGAUCGAAGAAACGUGAACAAGAUCAGGGUUGCGGGUAUGUGUGUUUCGCUAUGGAACAGUUACAUUACGAAGAAGGAACAUAUCACGAUCAGUGUCAAGUAUUUGAAGCUUCUAAGUCUGGAGAUGCUGUUUUACUCGAUAAAAGUCUCAGGAAAUUGAAAUGUAACGAAAGAGCUUACGCUUUAGAAGAAAGGACUUGCCAUGAAGGUGUACACCUUAACCUCAGGCAUGGCGUGGACUUGGGAUGCGCGAGUUUGAAAGCGUACGAAGGUGAAUCCACCCCACUUUUAGUCGCUGCAGGAAAUGGAAAUCUUGAUUGUGUGAAAAUUUUGCUGCAAUACGAAGCGGACAUCGAAGGUCAAGGCCGUUUUUUUCUCUUCAAGAGCGUUUAUCCAGACGUGUCUACAACCCCAAUGAUUGCAGCAGCGGGAAAUGGACAUGUUCAUGUUUUGAGGUGUCUAGUUGAGAAUGGAGCCGAUGUUAAUGGUACUUCAGAUGACGGAUUCACCGCUUUGAUGAUAGCAAGUUAUUUUGGUCAGCUAGAUGCAGUAAACUUUCUUAUCAAACAUGGGGCUGGCAUUCAUCAUAAAGACAACCUUGGCUACACUGCUCUUCAUCAUGCAGUAACUCAUGAUCUCGGAUCAUGUGAAUUGCUGAGCUGCUUAAUCAAAAAUGGGGCGAAUGUCAAUGCACGAGCAAAUGACAACCGCACUCCAUUGAUGGUUGCUAGUGAAAAUAACCAUGUAAAUUCAGUCAUCUUUCUUACCGAUCACGGGGCUAAUAUUGAUCUUCAAGAUAGGGAAGGUUACUCAAGCCUUCACUAUGCAGCUGGUAACAUUUCAGAUUUAUGUGAUGUUUUGGACUUGUUAAUCACAAAUGGUGCUGAUGUUAAUGCAUCCACCAAUGACAAAUUCACCCCUUUGAUAAUUGCAAGUAAUUGCAACAAUUUGAACGUAGUAAACAGCCUUAUUCAACAUGGCGCAAACAUUCAUCUUGUAGACAGAUAUGGUCGAACAGCUUUGCAUUAUUCCAUCACAGUGGUGGACCAUGACUCAGUUACUGUUUUGAGGAGUUUGAUUAAAAAUGGAGCUGAUGUCAAUGCUCUCACAAAUGACAAAUGCAGUCCUCUUAUGAUGUCAAGUUUAAGCGGUUCUGUGAAUGUGGUAACUAUCCUUGUUGAGAAUGGGGCCAAUAUGGAUAUACAGAAUCAAGAUGGAGAUACAGCACUUCAUUAUGCUGUAUGUGCUACAAGAAACUCAUCUGAAGUUGUUCACAAACUUUUAACUCUUGGAGCGUCGCGUUUAAGAAACCGUAAAGGGCUGACUCCCCUUCUUUUCGCCAGCUACAUGCUGAAGCAUUCUUUGGUGGAAGAAUUAAUCCAAAGACCAGAGAUAACAAAAGAGCAGAGAAUUGAUGCCCUGGAGCUUCUUGGUGCCUCUCUCACUGUUUGGCAACGUGCUAGCAAAGGAUCCAUCAAUGAGUACAUAAAGCGUGGAAUGGAAGAACGCUUUACAGAUUCCUCUAAUCCUUUGUUAAAACAACCAAUGGAACCUGUUGAGGCUUAUCAGAAUAGAAAGGAGUGCCAGACUCUUGAACAGCUUGCUCAGAUAGAGGGUGACAGAAAUGCUAUGGUCAUAGACAGCCUUCUAAUUUUAGAGAGAUUCUUUGGAACAAAGGAUACAGAACUGCUUCCUCAAAUCAGAUGGAGCGCUACGGAGAAGUGGUAUAUCGAUUCUUACAUACGCAUAGGAUUGUAUCAACAUGCCAUAAGAGUGGCACAUUGCUGCAAUCAAUCAGCAAUUUCAGAUUUAUAUGAAGCAAUGUGUUUGCUUUACGCUGACACGGAGGAUUGUGCCCUUCAAAGAGGAAAGUUUUUACUUGAAUUGCUUGAUCAAACUGUUCUUGAGUACAAGUACCAACGAAAGCUGGGAGAACAAUUUGGCGUUAAGCUAGGUAAGGACGAGUGUAAAAUUCUUUUUGGCUCUACAGUGAAACUUGUGCAUAUGAUCUCCACACACAAAUACUGGAAGGAGAGCAAGACUUCAUGUGUAUCAGAACUGCUUAGAAAACUUCGUUAUCAAAAUCCCAGAGAUCAGUGUGGAAACACAUUGUUACACCGCAUUCCAUGUCUUGAUGCAGCAAAGCUUCUUUUGAGUGCUGGUUUUAAUGUAAAUGCCAUGAACAAUGAUGGAGAUACUCCACUCCACAGGGCUGUGAAACUCUUGCCUCUAAGCGGUGGAAAGAUCCAGUUUUUGACUGACAUGUUGCACGUUUUGUUCGAUGGAGGUGCUCAUCAUGAUUUUGUCAACAAUGAUGGUAAAACACCCAUGGACAUGGCUAAAACUGAUGAAGCUCGCAUGAUUCUUUCAGAGAAAAGAAACCUGGAGUUAAAGUGUAUCAGUGCCAGAGCUGUCAUAAAGUUUAGAAUUCCUUAUUUGGGGGUGGUACCUAAAACACUGGAGAAAUAUAUAAGCAUGCACUAG